UCUGCGCCUGAUCGUCCCCCCAGGCUUAACCCGGCCGCUCCGCUCGGAUUCCUCGGCUGCCCUUGCUCUGGUGGCGACUUCCUCCCGGCGGCCGCGUCCCCUCCCCCUCGCCAUGAAGAAGUCGAUUGGAAUAUUAAGCCCAGGAGUUGCUUUGGGGACGGCUGGAAGUGCAAUGUCUUCCAAGUUCUUCCUAAUGGCUUUGGCCAUAUUUUUCUCCUUCGCCCAGGUUGUAAUAGAAGCCAAUUCUUGGUGGUCGCUAGGUAUGAAUAACCCCGUUCAGAUGUCAGAAGUAUAUAUCAUAGGAGCGCAGCCUCUCUGCAGCCAGCUGGCAGGACUUUCUCAAGGACAGAAGAAACUGUGCCACUUGUACCAAGACCACAUGCAGUACAUUGGAGAAGGCGCGAAGACGGGCAUCAAGGAGUGCCAGUAUCAAUUCCGGCAUCGGCGGUGGAACUGCAGCACCGUGGACAACACCUCUGUGUUUGGCCGGGUCAUGCAGAUAGGCAGCCGCGAGACGGCCUUCACGUACGCGGUGAGCGCCGCGGGGGUGGUGAACGCCAUGAGCCGCGCGUGCCGCGAGGGCGAGCUGUCCACCUGCGGCUGCAGCCGCGCCGCGCGCCCCAAAGACCUGCCGCGGGACUGGCUGUGGGGCGGCUGCGGCGACAACAUCGACUACGGCUACCGCUUCGCCAAGGAGUUCGUGGACGCGCGCGAGCGGGAGCGCAUCCACGCCAAGGGCUCGUACGAGAGCGCGCGCAUCCUCAUGAACUUGCACAACAACGAGGCCGGCCGCAGGACGGUGUACAACCUGGCCGAUGUGGCCUGCAAGUGCCACGGGGUGUCGGGCUCGUGUAGCCUCAAGACGUGCUGGCUGCAGCUGGCCGACUUCCGCAAGGUGGGUGACGCCCUGAAGGAGAAGUACGACAGCGCGGCGGCCAUGCGGCUCAACAGCCGGGGCAAGCUGGUGCAGGUCAACAGCCGCUUCAACUCGCCCACCACGCAGGACCUGGUCUACAUCGACCCCAGCCCCGACUACUGCGUGCGCAACGAGAGCACGGGCUCGCUGGGCACGCAGGGCCGCCUGUGCAACAAGACGUCGGAGGGCAUGGACGGCUGCGAGCUCAUGUGCUGCGGCCGCGGCUACGACCAGUUCAAGACCGUGCAGACGGAGCGCUGCCACUGCAAGUUCCACUGGUGCUGCUACGUCAAGUGCAAGAAGUGCACGGAGAUCGUGGACCAGUUUGUGUGCAAAUAGCGGGCGCCCGCCGCCCGCCCGUCACCCAGCCCCGCCCCCAGGACCCACUUAUUUAUAGAAAGUACAGUGAUUCUGGUUUUUCUCUUUUAAUAUUGUUUUAUUCCCCCCCAUCAUUGCAACCGGAACCAUUUUUUUUUUCUGUU